AUGCUUGAAACAGACCUCCAGAACCAUUCAGAAAAGAGAAAAAAUAGUAGAUUGUUUAAUAGGCUGUGCUACUGUAGAUUCAAGGGCCAAUACAUUGAUUUUUCAUUUCACACAAAGAAAAAGGCGUCGGUUAUUCGGGCUAUUUGCUGUCUUUUUGGCGUUCUAUGCGUAGUUUAUGGAAUUAAAAAUUAUGAGGGAAAAUGUGUCAGCAACAGUGUUGAUGCUACGGACGAUCGUGUUGACGGCUUUCCAUUGCUUGUACCUGAUGUAGCAUUUGCAUGGGUUCUUUUUCCAAGAUCCUUUUAUAAAUCGGAUACUUGCUUUACUGUCAGAACAAAAUUGGUAUCCUAA